UUCUAACUGGCCCUCCUCAGAAAAAGGAACGCCAACACAAAGCUAUUGGGCCUUUUACUCGAUAUUUGAAGAAAAUUCUAUCGGUUGUGUACAAACACAAAGAAGAAAACCGGCGGGUGUCGGAUUUGUUUGUAAAGAUCCCGUCGAAGCGGGACUACCCAGAUUACGCCGCAAUAGUCAAAAAUCCGAUCGCUUUGAAGCCCAUGAAAAAUAAAAUUUUGGAGGGAAAAUACAAAUCCGUUAAAGAUUUCGAGCAAGAUAUGCUUUUGAUGGCGGACAAUGCAAAACUGUACAACGGCGCUGAUUCGUUUGUCUAUAGAGAUGCUCUUAAGCUUUUGGGUGUAUUUUAUAAAACCCUGGAAUUGUUAAAGCCAUACGAGGCAAAACUGUAUAAGAGAGUGCAUGAGGAAAUUAGAGAGGCCUCUGGCGUUGAAGAGAAAAAUAAACGCAAAAAGGUCAAAACCAGCGCAGUUGAACUUUUAGAAAACUUGUAGUAAAUCAAUUUUCCUGAAAGUCAAAUAAACUAAAUAUA